CUCUCUGUCUGAGCUCGUAUCGCAGUAUCGCUUCCAACAAUGGCUCGCGGCUCAUCUCAGUCCCAAGCGACGUCAUCCUCCACCGCCUCACGCCCCGGCGUCGUGGCUCCUCGCGGUUCAGCUGCCGCCACAGCUGGCAUGCGCCGCCGCCGUCUCGGCGGAGGCGGCAGCUCCAGCUCUGCAGGCAUGGGCGGCGGCUCUGGCGCCGGAAACAACAUGCUCAGUUUCUACACCGACGACGCUCCAGGCCUGAAGAUCAGCCCCACCGUCGUGCUCGUCAUGAGCCUCUGCUUCAUCGGCUUUGUCACUGCCCUCCACGUGUUCGGCAAGCUCUACCUCCACCGAUCCACCGGCGGAGCUUAGAUUCCGGAUCCUAAUACAGAUCGGCGUAGAUCCGGAGCUUUCCGGCGGCGGAGUAUUCGGUAAAAUUUGAAUGCUACUGUCCUUUUCUCUUAUGAUUUUGCUCUGUAGAUUUGCUCAGCGUUGACGUUUCUCUUAGGGUUUCAGUGUUGUUUAAUCUUGGAUUUAGUUUGAUCUUACUUUGAAUGGAGACGAGUGGCUUUAUACACCGUUGUGAAUUUUGCUUUGAUCA